AUGCCAGAUGAUGGAGAUAGUAGUGGAAAUCAAAAUGGGAAUGCAUAUGCAGAUCCUUAUUAUUUAGCCAACUCAGACCAUAGCAGUUCUAACCAGCAGCUUGGAAUCAUCAUUUUUAAUGGUGAAAAUUAUCUCAACUGGACCAGGAGCAUUAGGAUGGCACUUGGCUCAAGGAACAAGCUUGGAUAUAUUGAUGGAAAGAUCAAGAAGCCAAAUCAGGGGCAUGCAGAUUUUGGUAAAUGGUACAGAAAUGAUAAUGCUGUGAGAGGAUGGAUUUUGGCUUCAAUGACAACAAACCUUGCAGAGAGUCUCAUAUACCUUGAAACUUCCAAGGAUUUGUGGGACGAAGUCAAGGAAAGGUAUGGUCAAACAAAUGCCCCCCUCUUGUAUCAGCUGAAGAAAGAGUUGAGUGAUUUGAAGCAAGAAAAUCAGGCUGUUGGGAAUUUUUACUGCAAGCUGAAGAAUUUAUGGGAUCAUAUAUCUUCUAUUGAAGGUAUGCCUGAGUGCACAUGUGGAGCAAUGAGUAAAUGCACUUGUAACAUGAUGAAAAAAUUGGCAGAUGCAGAAUCUCUGAACAAACUGAUACAGUUUCUAAUGGCUCUCAAUGAGGGGCUUUCCACCUUGUUCAGCAGCAAGAGAAACAAAAGGAAAUCACUGGUAACAUGA